UACGUCACUGCAUUAGCUUGAGGAAACGAUUGAGAAAUCAUCGAGCUGUCGAACAUUGACACUGUUUUUUUUCUGAUUACUUCAUUGUUUUGAAACGCGUGCCGUUAAACCGGUUAUUCUCAAAAGUUUCUGAAUUAGCUCGCCAGCUAUCUGACUGCACUGAGUUGCUGACAGGUGGCAGCGGUGAAGUGAUCAGCAUCUAGAGACCCCUGGAGCCUUUCUAGCGAUCCUCAUUGAUCCGCUCAGAGUAUAUUGAUUGUGAAUGAUGGGGGCCCAGAGGAGCGAGGGACGCAGAGACUGGCUCCAGCAGGACUUCACCGAGCAGCGGAUCCAGACAGUGAAUCCCUGGAACAUCAUGCUCAAACACCGACAGGUCCAUCGCAGAGGACGGCGCUCACAGAUGGCGGUUAGUUAUACAGACCCUGUCAUUUCCAUGGACCUCCUGCGGACCGUUCUGCAGCCCAGCUUCAAUGAAGACAUCCGUGCUGUGUUCAGAAAAUAUAUGAAGUUUUUUGAGAAGGCGGCCAGCAAUGUGAAAGAGAAUGUAGGAGGAGACGUCCAGCCCAACCAGCUCAUCAGAGACGCCUGCAGAAACUGCCUGGAACAUGCAAAGCAGCUCUUUCCUGAUACAGAGAAAAUGUCCCUGAAACCUAGUGCUGACCCAACAGUGAAGCGUGCACGGCAGCCAGACGACACCUCAGGCCAGAGAGACAGUCCCAUCCCUAAAAAGAGGAAAGGUCGUCCUCCAGGUACUGCUGUUGACAGACCAGCCUCAUACAACACUGGAGCAAAACUCAAAAUAUCUGAGCCAAUAAAGCGAGAAGGACCUAAGUGGGACCCAUCCAGACUGACAGAGAGCAGCACAUUCGUUCUGGGAUCCAGGGCAAAUAAGGCUUUGGGGAUGGGCGGGACAAGAGGAAGAAUCUACAUCAAACAUGCAGAGCUCUUCAAGUAUGCCGCUGAUGCCCAUGACAAACACUGGCUUUCAGAAAGACAGCACAUGAGAGCCACCGGAGGAAAGAUGGCCUAUCUUCUAAUAGAAGAGGACAUUCUUGAUCUUGCCAGAAGUGAAGACUACAAGGACUGUCCUGAAUUGAAGCUGGAUGAAUUGAAACCAUUUCUAGUGCCAAUAUGGAUGGUGGAGAAGAUGCAGAAGGCAAUGGAAGCACAGAAAACAGAAAAUAAUCUUGUCAUUUAGUGCCACGCAAGUCGUUGGACCACGGACACUCUUGAGUGUUACCAGUUUAUCAUAACUGUAACUUUGUUUUUUAUUUGGUUUGUGCGAUGUUCAUAGAAGACCCAGGCAUUAUGAGCAAGUUGCCCAGAAAUUGUUGCGUUGGGGGUUUACUUGGAAAAUCAAAAUUCAACAUUUCAUUUCACAUGCUAUUUUCUAAACUGGUCUAGAUCUGAUUUUUUUUCUGUCAACAAAUGUGUGCUUUUUUUCAUGACUUUGUAUUUAAAAGACUUGAAUAUUUAAUGAGGCACAUAUAGAGCCUUAAUGGAUU